CAGUUUUGCCUUCUACAGGACCCAGAGUUGCACAGUACAAACGACGCAUACACGGUCGUGGGCAGUGCACUGUGCGUGUAGCUCUGCCCUGUGAGUGGAAAAGAGUCGCAAAAUGUCGCGCCAUCACCCAGGCGCAAGCAAAGGCUUGAAAUUGCCGUUCGCUUUGCAGAAAGAGUUGGGCCUUGAUGAGAAUCGACACGGCGGAAGACGCCAGCACGGCGCAGUCAAGAACAGGAAGGAGCAACGUAAGGCCGAGAGACAAGAGCGCAGACACAAUAUCAGAGGAUCGAAACCUCAUCAACGAAGGGACGAAUUCGACGAGGAUGAUUCCGAAGAGGAAGAAGAUGAUAACCUGCGGGAAACUGCCCAGACGGCCGCGGCGAAGGCAAGAAACGGGCCCAAGAGGCAGGAGGAGGACUCAAAACCGAGGUCAAUUCUGAAAAGACCGAGGCAGCCAUCGCCGACACUGUCAGAACCCGAAUCGGAAUUGUCAUCUGUGUCGCGACAUCGGUCGACUUCGCCGGGGUUGGUGCUAGACCCCUCGUCUCAGGCAUUCAAGGAGCGUAUGGCGCAAGAUGACGCCGAGAUCAGUGCGCUGGAAAAGAAGCUUGGAUUGAACAAGAGGAAGAAACUUCCCAAAUCGUUUGUAGAGGAUGGUCUGGACGAGCUACUUGCGGGCUUGGAUGGAGCGGAACGAUGCGUCAAGCGGAAGACCGAAGAACAAGAGUGGCUGGAGAGGAAGAGGCGGAAAGCCUCCGGUCAGCCAGAAGAGAGCGAUGAUGAAGCAGAAGAAGAAGACAUUGACUUUGGCGGUGGAGACUCUGAUGAUGAGAGCCUCGACGGCAUUGACGCAGAGGGAUACGACAGCGCAGACAUGGAUGGACUCGGAUCCGAUGACGAUCUUGACGAAGAAAUGGGUUCUGAUGAGGAUUUCGGUUCGGAAGAGGACGAUGAUUUUGAUGGGUUCGGUUCUGAAACUGAAGACAGAGAAGAAGCGGCGGAAGAGGAAGAGGAUGAUGAUGAAGACUCCCGACCUCCACCAAAGAAAGUGCGAGAAAAUCCAUACGUCGCACCGGUGUCGUCAAACACCACAACAGCAAAGUACAUCCCGCCAUCUAUGAGGAAAGCACAGCUCUCCUCCGAAGGACCUUCAUUAGAGCGACUCAAGCGACAAGUCCAGGGGCACCUCAACAAGCUAUCCGAAGCCAACCUGGUGUCCAUCCUGGGCGAAGUGGAAAAGAUUUACCAAUCCAACCCACGACAAGACGUGACGACCGUGCUGGUUGAUCUUCUCCUGACCACAUUCUGCAACAAGUCAACUCUACAGAACACGUUCGUCAUUCUUCACGCUGCGUUCGCUGCCGCCGUAUACAAAGUCGUAGGCGUGGAUUUUGGCGCAGAACUACUUUCGCAGCUGGUGGAACGGUUCGAGCAAUACCAUGGUAAUGGUGACGCUCCUACUGGCAAUGUGGCAGCUGGGAAAGAGUCGCUCAAUUUAAUCAGUCUGCUAUCCAACCUGUUCACCUUCCACAUGGUCAACAGCACCAUUAUCUUCGACCAUAUCCGGCUGCUACUGUCCAAACUCAGCGAGUCCAACACGGAAAUCCUUCUCCGUCUAGUCCGCGACUGCGGGCCGCAAUUGCGACAGGACGAUCCGUCGUCGCUGAAGGCCAUAGUGCAAAUGAUGCAAAAGGAGGCGGCACGCAUGACAGCUGCGGGCGAGCAAAUGAGCGUCCGGACCAAAUUCAUGAUUGAAACGAUCACCGACCUCAAAAACAACAAGAUGAAGGCCGCGACGAACAAUGCCGGCUUGUCCAGCGAACACAUCACACAAAUGAGAAAGGUGCUAGGAUCCCUCAACAACCGUGCAUCUGCCAUCCGAGCAUCUGAGCCGCUGAGGAUCAGUAGAGACGACAUUAAAAACAGCGACAAGAAAGGCAAAUGGUGGCUCGUGGGGGCCAGUUGGAAGGGCAAUGGCAACGACCGUGACCACAAUGCCAAUGCCAAUACUUCCUCACUCACUCUGAACGAGGGCGGUGGCAGUGGCGGUAAGGAUUCCAAUACCAGUACCGUCGGCGACGAUGGAGACGACGCCAAUAACAUCGAUCUUCUGUCGCUUGCACGCCAAUACGGGAUGAACACGGAUGUGCGACGAUCAAUCUUUGUGGCUCUCUUGUCCGCCGUCGACUGUCAAGACGCAUACAUGCGCCUCCUCAAGCUCCGGCUGAAAAGGUCGCAGGAACAAGAAAUCCCCCGCGUCCUCCUCCGCUGCGCGGCCGGCGAGAACCCAUAUAACCACUACUACACGCUUGUGGCCAAACGGCUGUGCCAGGACAAACGGAUGCGGAAGGCCUUCCAGUUCGCGCUCUGGGGGUUCUUUCGCCGUAUGGGCGAGACGGGCGACUUGGAUGAUGAGAAUGAUGAACGAGACGAACAAGAUGAUGUCGAAAUCGGCGAGAUUGCCAACUUGGCCAGAUUAUAUGCCCAUCUCAUUCUAGAUGGUGCAGAGACGCUGGGCGUUCUCAAGGUUUUGGAUCUUGCUUAUGUCAAGGAGAAGACGGCCAUGUUUGUCGAGUUGCUCUUGAUUGUGAUUAUGACUGAGGCCGAGAAGAACAGCAACUCGAAGAAAGCGUCGACAGUGUUGGAAAAGGUCUUUGGCCGUACUGUCGAGUCGCCUCAGGUCAUUCGCCGCUUGCAGUUCUUUAUCAAGAAUAAUGUCCGCUCGUCGGAUCUGGUGGCCAAGGGAGACAGGGAUGCAGUCAAGCGAGGGUGUAAGAUUGCCUUGGAGACGCUGAGACGGCUUGAUAUGGUGGAUACAGCGAUGGAAGCCUAAGGGCUCCAUUAAAGCGUACAAGUUACUGCAGCUUAUUACAAUACUACCGUGCCUGGCUUCGCUGGACUCCAUGUACAGGGACAGUAUCUGGCACAGUGUCCACGAUUUAAAUCUAUUCAUGCAUGUUUGUGAGAAA